AUGCUUAGUGGGUUCUUUUCCACUCCGGCUCAAGCCGCUUUGAAGACAUACCAAUUCGAUGUUCAAGUGAAGAAUGUGAGCAGGUUGUGCCAUUCUAAGCCAAUUGUUACAGUAAAUGGGAUGUUCCCUGGACCUACAGUUUAUGCUAGAGAAGGAGAUACACUUCUUGUCAAUGUUACCAACCAUGCACAAUACAAUAUGUCAAUUCAUUGGCAUGGAUUAAAGCAAUAUAGAAAUGGGUGGGCAGAUGGGCCUGCCUAUAUCACACAAUGUCCUAUCAAGACAGGACAUAGUUACACCUACAAUAUCACUAUAACAGGGCAAAGAGGAACCCUAUGGUGGCAUGCACAUAUUUUCUGGCUAAGAGCCACUGUGUAUGGAGCAAUUGUCAUCUUGCCUAAACAAGGGACUGGUUUUCCAUUUCUUCAGCCAUACAAGGAGGCUAAUAUUGUCUUAGGAGAAUGGUGGAAUAACGACGUCGAAGAGGUUGUUAAACAAGGAAACAAACUGGGAUUGCCACCAAAUAUAAAAGUUAUUGCCUACAAUGAGUUUAUACAAUGCACAUGGUGGACGUGCAACUAG